AUGGGAAGUACCAAAUCUAGAGGAAGAAGGGCAGAGAAGAAGGCACAAAAACUUGUCGACACAGACUUUUCUGAGCACAAGGAUGUGGCCCAGUCUCAGCCGCAUGAGGAUAUACCCAAUACUUUCUUCGGCCUUGUUGAUGCCAGUGAGAUUGAUUACUUCAAACAAGCGGAAUCUACAUUGAACAUCAACGCUUUCGAAAGUGAUGAGGAUAGAGAAGGAUUUAUAAACUCGGUAUUGGAAGAAGCGCAAGGAAAGGAGUUGAAAUUGGUCACCAAUCAAAUAUGCUCAAAAUUAAUGGAAAGACUUGUGUUGUUUGCCAAUACGCAACAAUUGAAGUCCAUUUUUGAAAACUUUUCCAAUCAUUUUGUAUCCUUGGCAUUUCAUAAGUAUGCCUCACACGUAUUGGAGACAUUGCUUGUAAGAGCAGCUGCUUUGAUUGAGAAAGAAAUUUUGCAAACUGAUGAAAUAAAGUAUGAGGAGGAAGAUGGGGUAGUCAUUGCAGAUCGCAAUGACUCUAAAACUGUCGAGGAGCUAUUCAUUGCUAUGGUAAAUGAGUUUAAACUGUACUUGUUGACAAUGGUUGAUCAUCAGUAUGCCUCACAUGUUUUGAGACUUUUGAUUUUGAUUCUCGCGGGGAAAGAAUUACCAUCUACAACCGUAUCAAACUCUGUUUUAAGAUCCAAAAAGUCAAAGAUUGCAAGAAAGAUGAUUGAAAUCAAGGAUAACGAAGAUUUCAAUAGAGCUUUUCAAACACCACUGUCAUUUAAAGACGAGCUUCGUGAUUAUUUUCAAGACUUGACCAAGGAUUUAGACACGAAAAAGGCGCGAGAAUUGAGCAUACAUAAAAUUGCAUCUCCAGUGAUGCAACUUGUGAUUCAGUUGGAAGGGCUUGUUGACCGCGAACGUACAAUGUGGCACUUAAUCUUUGCCAAACAAAGUGACGAAAAGGAUUCUGAUGAGGAGGCAUUCGUCGAGUAUUUGCUAUCCGAUCCAGUAGGAUCCCACUUUUUUGAAGCCAUCAUAAAAAGCGAUGGCUCAAGACCGCAAUAUAUUGAAAGACUCUACAGGCUAUACAUGAAAGAAAGAGUUUUGAGGUUAGCUAGGAGGUCAACAACAGGUGUUUACAUAAUACAAGCAUUAUUAUUCAAGUUGAAACCAGUUGAAAUUGAGUUUAUUUUGGAUCAAAUCAUUCCAGAACUUUCCAAUUUGAUUUCCAUAGCUGACAAUCAAAAUUUGGAUUUAGCUCAAAAGGUUAUUGAUGCGUCAAUUCUGAGAGGAAAUUACUUGAGAGAUGAAAUCAUUUCCCAAUUGUUUAUCAAGUUUGCUCCAAACUAUGAUUAUUCAACCCCACAAACGGACACUUCUACUGAGUUUAUAGAAAACGUGCUACAGUUGACGGGGUCGACAUUAGGAAACACAAGGGGCGACUGGCCAACCGCUGAAGAGAGAAAACGAGCAUUAUUUUUGGAGAAAUUAAUGGAACUUGACAAUAGAUUCGUCAUUUGCACCUGGUUGAAUUUCAUUGCCUUGCCUGUAGAAAAGUUUGUGCAAAUGUGUUUCCAUGGUGUCUUUUCGCACGUUGUUGAGAACUCAUUGGUGGUUGAUAAAGAGGAAUCAAAACCCGUUCAGAUUCUUCGAAAAAGGUAUCUCAAUAUAUUUCAAAACAAGAUAGUCGAAUUGUCCUGCAAUUCGUAUGGAUCGCACAUAGUUGAUAAGUUAUGGGACUUUACAGUUUUAUUGCCCAUGUAUAAAGAUCGCAUUGCGUCCGAGCUCAUGAACGAUUCGCACAAGGUGAAGGAAAGUCAAUAUGGUAAAUUGGUUUGGAAAAAUUGGUCAAUGGAACUUUUUGUGAGAAAAAAGUAUGAUUGGAAACAGUUAGUCAAGGAGCAAGAACAUGAAUUUCUUGGAGGUGAAGAAAAUCAGUCAACAAGAGCCAAAAAACCAAUUGAAUUGAAGUUGGAGAGAUUGGCAGAAGAAAAGAGAAUACAAGCUGAAAAAGCAGAAAAAGCCCAAAGUGGCUAUAAUAAACGUAAGUUGGAUGAAUUGACUGGUGCAACCGAGAAGAAGCAAAAAUUACGAGGAAGAAGACGGGAAUAA